AUGCUUUUCGAAGAAAUAGAAGGCAAAUCAUCACUUACAAAUAAGCUUGAAAAUCAAGAACUCGAUAAGUUAUUGGAAAACUCGUCACUUUUUCCAAGCUUAGAUGGAGAGCCUGGAAGCCACAGAUCAAAAGAAGCUGAAGCCAUUAUUAAAGCCAAAUGCAGUUUAUAUAAAAUUAAUGAUGCUGGUGGAGAAUUCAAGCUAAAGGUCCCACCAAUUAUUCCACCUAAAAAGAAAAAGAAAACACAAGAUGACACAGCUGGCCCGAAAUGGUUUAAUAUGAAAGCUCCAAUAAUGACCCCAGAAAUUCACCAGGAUCUUGAGGCCAUUCGAUUAAGAAGACAUUUAGACCCAAAGCAUCAUUAUAAAAGGAACGAUAUCAAAGAGCUUCCAAAGUUUUUCCAAAUUGGAACGGUAAUUAGUGCCCCAGAUGAGCCAAAAAGCCAAAAAAUUGACAAAGAAAAAAGAAGGAAGCCUCUGGUAGAGCAGCUUUUAGCGCAAGACAAUGAAUUAAAAUUUUCUAAAAAAAAGUGGGAGCAGGUCAUGAAGUCUAAACCUAAAAAACACAAAAAAUCGCAUGGCUCUAAAAGUUAUAACUCCGCCCCCCUAUCCUUGAUCGAACGGCUCGCCAUCGUUCGAUCAAGGAUGGGGGUUAAAAAAAAAUUUUAUAUAUAAAAUAAAAAAAAAUAUAUAUAUAUAUAUUUUUUUUAUUUACUUUUAAAUAAGAGGGUUAAGAGUAUUUUUAAUAAUUAUUUUUACAGCAAAAAAAUUGAAUUAAUUUCAUAAAAAUACCAAUUUUUGAUAUUUUAAAUUUAUUAGUGACCCCUUUAAAACUGUAUAAAUUUUAAUUUGUUUCUUAUUGAAUUAAAAUUUUUUUUAAAAAUUUUAAAAGAAUCUCUAUUUUAUUAGAUUAUUGAGUUUUUAAACUCAAGUUGAUGACAAAUCACUUCGGAUAGUUUGAUUUCAUAGCUUUCUGUCGUCUCAAAGCUUCUGAAAACAACUUCAUUAUGUGCAUCUUCCCAAGCUUUUGAUAGCGAAUAUAUUUUUAUAUAUAUAAAAAAUUUACAUGAUAUGGAAAUCGCUCGAUCAAGGAUGGGGGUUAAUUUUCCCAAUUUUUAGGAAUUUUUACAGUCAAUCGUUCGAUCAAGGAUGGGGGGAGUAAGAAGAAAAAAUUAGGCUUUAAAUAA